CGGCGGUCCUCCGGGGUCGCCUGCGUCUGCCGGUCGUGGGAACGAGGCCCGCGUCUGUAUCCGGCCCUCGGCCAGAAAUGCCCCCUCCGGCCGGAUGAGGUGCGUCCCUCAGCCCGUUCCCGCGCCGGGCAGAGGAAGGAGCCGCCUCGCUGGGGUUGAAGGAUUUCGAGCCAUCCGGCCAUCUUGGAUACCUGCACCCUAAGCAGAAAAUAAUUGUGAACAAAAGAACUUUCCAGAGCCCAUCGCACCGAGAGGAAAAAAUGGCUGUCUGGACCACACAGUGCUUGGCCUGUGUAUCGGCAGUGCUGCUUUUGGUCCUGGUAGAACCAUCCCAGACCCAAAAGUGUUCCUCAGAGAAGAUGGAAAACAUCACGAUCGACAUCCCUGCAGCCUUUUCCAAAGGCAUCAGGGGGACGGAUCCGAUCUACGCGCCGUCUCGGGAAGCCUGCGUGGAGAUGUGCUGCUUGGAAAGAAUAACAGAUGACAAGACGUGCAACUACGUGAUCUUUAACACCAGAAUGAAAGGCGGUCCUCCAAAUUGCUAUCACUUUUAUUUCCCUGCCCAGGAAACCUGUCCUGUGAAGCAAGCCUUAGGAUUGCUCACGUACAGAAUAAUAGAAGGCAAAGAGAUGCCCAAACCAGCUCCGUCCUUAAACAAAGUCCCUCAUUCUUCAGUGAACGGAAGUCCAGCAUCCCCACAAGCAGCUGGCUUUGGUCCUCCAAGGCCACUGGGCGGACCGGACCCUUUGCCCAGGACCUCUCAGAAACAGGAGCUCUUUGGCCCCGCAAAGCAUCCCACGGCUGCAAGGACAAACACUGGGGAGACCUUUGCUUCGUCUCUGCUGCGUGAAAGCAGCAGUCCUGCCAGCACCACCCAACAAUCUGCUGCUGUUAAACUGCCCUUUGCCACCCUCGACUCUUCGACCGGCAGGACUGUUGGUGCUGCAACCCUUCACAGUUCUGCUAGCCGUGUCCCCCCUUAUGCCGGAAAGACAGAGGCGGCCACUCUUCCGCCACGCAGAGGCGCUCGUCCCAAACCCUCGCUCCUUUCCAAAACCGGCCCUCCCCAUUUCAGCUCGUUGUCAGCCACUCUACCUAGCGGUCCACCUGCUUCCCUUCCCAAUUCCCAUCUUAGCGAUGGGCAACUUAGUCUGGAAGGCUUCAGCCCUGACGGCAGCCCAGCCAGAAACGAUUUCUCUCUGCCGAGUCACCAAAGCUUCCUCUUUGCUGCCUUGUUUUUCGAGGUGCUGUUUUUUUUCUUAGCAGUGAUGCUGAUAGGGGGGAACCUGUUCCGCUCACGCCAGCCACAGCGCUACACCAGGCUGGACUACUUGAUCAAUGACAUGUACACCAAUAUGUGAACGUUAAGAGGGACUUGGAGACACCUCAGUGGUCCGCGUGUGGCCUUCAGGAAAAAGAAGAUGGAGUGAGUUCGGCUUAAUGCAGUCCUACUCGCUCAAAUCACAACGUUACAUUGAUUUUGUAAUAUUUUGCUUUCUCUUACGAUCUCCUUCCUCACUGAUGAUGCAUCUACGGUAGAUCUCGCCUAGUGAUGGCCUAUUGCUCCUUCCCAACCCAGAAAGUCUGCAGAAAGUGUAGGAGCUCAAGCCUGUUCAUUUGAGGAGUACAUCCGUAAUUCACUUUUGGGCACCAUGGGGCAAAUAAGCGUCCAUCAGAGCACUUCGGCUACCACUUCUUUCCAGAGUCGAUCAAGUUUCUUUCAUCCUUUGGUCUGUUACAGCCCUGGCAUGAAAAAUAUCUGCCAAGGAGGAGAAUUAUUUGAAUUUUAAAAGGCAAAACAUUGAUUUGGGUCCUGGAGUGCAGUGCCAACACUGUGUGCAAAAGUCACAUAGAGCAAACAAUGCGUAGGCAACUGUUCAUUUGUGCCACCCUUCAAAUUGGCCAGGUUAGGAAACACACAACAAUUACUACCUUAAAGGGUAUAACAACAGAAUCUUGGUAGGCUGACAAGAGUCUCUCUCUUCUUGCUUCUUGUGCACAAGAGAAUUAAGGUGGGGGAAAUCUUCCGUUUCUUUCUUACCUUGUUCUGAUUUUCUGACCUGGGGUUUCCUUAAUGGCUGACACAGACUUUCCUCUAGGCCAGGGGUUGGCAACCUUGGCUCUUUUAUGACUGGUGGACUUCAACUCCCAGAAUUCCUGAGCCAGCAUGGGGGAACUAUGGCCCCUUCAUGACUUGCGGAUUUCAACUCCCAGAAUUCCUGAGCCAGCCUGGAAACCUCUUCCUUUCCCCUCAGCAUGGCUGGUUUAGGAAUUCUGGGAGUUGAAGUCCACGAGUCAUAAAAGAGCCAAGGUUGCCCAUCCCUGCUCUAGGCUGUCUCUCUAAUCUAUAGGUUGUUUACACCAUUUAACAAAACUAGUUAAGUGUAAAAUUUGGACCUGGGGGGGGGGCAGCUUUUUGCUCCAGAAUUGGCUCUGCCUUCUGUUCUGAGCUGAUUUAAUUUUUUGAAUGUUAAAGUCGGCUACAGCGUAACCCAGUGUUUCCCAAACUUGACAAUUUUAAGGCAUAUGGACUUCAACUCCCAGAAUUCCACAGCCAGCGAUUCUGGCUGUGGAAUUCUGGAAGUUGAAGUCCACAUGCCUUAAAAUUGUCAAGUUUGGGAAACACUGGCGUAACCCAAAGAACGGCAAAAACCAGACCUUCUGUUCUUAAUGCUGAAGUUGCUCUGUGAUUGGGUGGAAUUCAGUCCCAGUAUCUCCUGACCUCAGCACUUCAGCUGGAGAUGCCUUCUGUCUUCAGCUCCUUAAAGAGAGGGAAGGAGUUCAGCAGCUGCAUCCGUGGCCCCCUUCUGCAGAGUGGGCAACCACGGCCUCUUUACAACCUGUGGAUUUCAACGCCCAGAAUUCCUGGGCCAGCGUUGUCCAUCCCCUGCCCUGCAAGGUCAUUGCUGGGAUGGUUUUGCAUUGAGCUGGGAUGCCACAUCACGCUGGAUUCCAUUUAAAAACAUAGCUGGGAUAGAAAAGGAUCUUUUAUUCGGUUUCUGGUGUAGAAAUCCAGGCGCAGGCAGUCGGAUGAAAUUGACCAGUCUCUCCCUUGGGCCAGCCUACAAAGCUGCUAAUAUGUGAGGCUGUCAGUUUUUAACAAUCUCAUUUUCCUUUAUAUGGAAUAAGAAAUUGGCUUAUGUUAGUGCUCACCGUACAGGCAGUCCUCCGCUUACACACAUUGUUUAGCAACCCAUUAAAAAAAAUCACAACGGCACUGAAAAAAGUGACAACCGGUCUUUGCGUGACCGACGGCGUCCCCAUUUUUUCUCAGCUUUCCCAGCCAGCUUCCAACAAGCAAAGUCGGAGGAAGCUGGGCUCACUCAACAAUUGUGUGAUUCAUUUCACCACUGGCAAAAAAAAAAGAUAAAAAUGGGUGUGACUAACAACUGCCUUGCUUAGCGAUGGAAAUUCUGGCUCCAAUUGUGGCGGAAGUCAAGGUUGCCUGUAUGCAGCUACAAAACUCAGGAAUAGCCACUAGAUGGCGACAGAAGGAGAGUUCUAUUUCCUUGCUGCCCCCUAGUGUUUAUGCAGAUUCUUGCAGCUCAGAUGUAAUAUUUUUAAACUAGUUUUUAACUUAAUUUCCCCACCCCCUUGGAAGUGAUUCUUCUGUCAAUUAUUUAAGCAAUAAUAAAGUUUGAAUUGAUUUAAAAGGUUUAAAAUAAAUCCAA